UGAUUUGAGGCGGGUUUUAUUUAUUUUGGGCCAUGGAAGCAGCUUGCUGUGAUCUUGAAGCAGAUAUUAAUGGAGUGGAGACAUUCCUGCUAAACAAGAAAAUUAUAUGCUCAUUCUCAGGCAGGCUGAGCAAAUUACUUAGCAAAUCCACAGGUGCCAACAGGAAUAAAGUGAUCUUCCAUGAUUUUCCUGGCGGGGCAGAGAAUUUUGAGCUUAUAGCAAGGUUUUGUUAUAACAAUGGAGAACUCGAUAUAACUCCUUCAAACAUUUCGUUGUUAUACACUGCUGCUGAAUUCAUGGAGAUGAAUGAUUCUGUGUCGGGAAACUGUAAUCUAUUAGAAAAAACGAAGAAAUGCAUCGAAGAGAUCGGGUACUGGACUUGGCCUGAUCUUUUGGUUGCUUUGAAGCAUUGCCAAGAUUUCCAGCAGGUUGCUACUUCUUCGGGGAUUCUUGAGAAAUGUUUGGAUUCCAUCGUUGGGAGGUUGGCUAUCACAAGUGAAGCAAGUCCUUGUGCGUCUACCUCGUCUCCGGAUAGCUCGGGAUUUCGGAUUUCCUGCGAUACUCGAAGUACGGAGAGUUUGAAAAACAGUUUCUCUCGAGCGAAUUGGUGGUUCGAAGACCUUUCUGUUUUGAGUCCCGAUCUGAUCGAAAUGCUGGUAAAAUCUAUGAUUUCUCGGAAGUACAAUCAUGUGAUCAUCGGUCGGUUCCUCGUCUAUUACCAGAAGUCGAGGUUUUCCACCACAUUGUCUGAUGAGAAACGCAAAGUUCUAGAAAUUGUGAUCGAUAUGCUUUACACUCUUGAUCCGAGUUGCGUUCCAUGCAAGAGUUUGUUCGGGAUUCUUCGUGUGGUUCUGGGUUUGAACAUAAGCAAAAGUAGCAGGAACAAGUUGGAGAGUAUGAUAGGUUCUCAGAUGGAUCAAGCAAAAUUGGACAACCUUCUAAUCCCAUCCCCAUACGGGACAAGUUAUUUGUAUGAUGUGAAUCUUGUCCUUCGGUUUCUGAAAGCAUUUCUGCGUCAAGGAGGCUGGCGGUCAUCUCCAACGCGAACGAAGAAGGUUGCUAGCCUGAUGGACCUGUAUAUCACAGAAGUAGCUCCGGAUCCUUUCCUAAGAUCAUCGAAGUUUCUAGCUUUGGUGGUGGCCUUGCCGGAUUCUGCCAGGGACUGUUGGGAUGAAUUGUACCAUGCCAUGGACGUUUAUCUGGAGGUGCAUGCAGGGUUGUCUGAAGAAGAAAAACUGAAGAUAUGUUGUGCACUGAACCACGAGAAGCUCUCUGCGGAUGCUUGCAUACAUCUUUCUCAAAACACGAAUUUCCCAUCGAAAAGCGUGGUUCAAACGCUCAUUUCCCAGCAAUUGAAGCUCAAGAACUUGAUGCAGGGCACUAAGAACACUGAACUCCACAGGGAAUCCCCUUGUAAAUUCGCCGAAAACCGAGGCAAGGCAAAGAAAGGUGAAGGUAGUGAACAAAUCGUCUUUUAUUCCGGGAAAUUAGAUAUACCGGCCGACAACGAGAACCUGAGAGCACAUUUACAAGGGAUGCAGUGGAGGGUGAUUGAAUUGGAAAAACUGUGCAAGAAAAUGCAGAACCAGAUGGCUAGACUCAUUAAAUCCAAAGUAUCAACUCAUGGCACUGCAAGAUCCUUGCCUAGGCUCUGUUCAUGAAAAAUCAAAAACAAAAAUUUGCAUUAAUGUUUGCAUCUCUAAAUUAUUUCCUUUAUCUACGUAUAGCAUCGAUGUAUGAUUACAAUAACAUUUUUCUUUUUCUUUUCUGCAUAUAUA